CACACACACACACACACACACACACACACACACACACACACACACACACACACACACACACGCACACACACACAUGAGCGCGCACACACACUGAAGGCAGACAUGGAGUUCAGCGUUCGCACAGGCAAAGUGGAAGACUGCAAGGACAUCGCGCGAAUGAUAGCGGAACUGGCAGAAUUUGAGGGCAUGUCAGAUCACCUGACACUGACUCAGAAAGAUUUGGAGCAAGACGGCUUCUCCAAGAAACCCUUCUUUCACGUGAUCGUGGCCGAGGUGCCUGAAAGCCACAAGUCCAGUGGCGGCCAUACAAAGAUCGGCUACGCUCUUUACUACUUCGGCUACAACUCACGCAAAGGCAGGACUGUUCACAUGGAUGACUUGUACGUGAUGCCGGAGUCCAGAGGAAAAGGCAUUGGUAAAGCGCUGAUGAGCAAAGUGGCCCAGCUCGGCAUGGCUGCCGGCUGCAAGCAGCUGGACUUCAUCGUCAAGGACACAAACACGUCGGCCAUCGACUUCUACGCCAGGACGGGCUGCUUCGACGUGACCGAGCGCCACGGAUACCACCUGAUGCGCUGCGAGGGCGAGGCCAUGCAGAGCCUGGCGCAGCCGUAGGCUCACCGGGUCGAACCGCACGGCAGGGAUCGCACUCAACACUUAUUACGCUCCCGCAGCUUCACUUUAGCUCCAGAUUCAUGUCUUAUGGGCCGGUUGGAUUUGAGUUGCUUCUCUUUUAAAUGCCACACAAGCUUUAGCAGGAUAGUUUAACACUACUGAUGGUGUGCUGUUAAUUAAAGUAUUAAUACAGUGUUUUCUUUCAUAAAGUUAACUUGAAUAAUGUCAUCUCGUGGUCAUACACUGCACACUUAUUCUAAAACUCUCACUUUCAUAUCAGUGACGUUUCUUCACAAAUAAACUGAGCUAUAAGCUCUUCACUGUUAGUUUCCUGAGUAACUGCUGAUUAGAUGCAUUUGUAGUUUUUAGAGCAAAUACUUUAAUUAUAUUUUGGAUUUUUUUUUUUUAUUGAUCAAUCUCUAGUUGUAACUAUGCAGAUUAUGCGGUUAAGCAUCUAAUCACUAAGUGAAUUUAAGUUUGGGAAACUUACCCUCACAAAACACUUAAAGUAGCACUGAAACCUGUGUUUGGUGUUUGUCCCCUUGUUUUGGCACUAAAAUAAUCUACUUGUGUGUCUCCUAAGAAAUAGUUUUAUCUCUAAACACAUUAAGAAAUUAAUCGAUGUAUCUCGUGUUUCAUUGUUUGUUGCGAAACAGUGAAUUAUUGAUCGUUUAUCCCUUUAAUUGUACCUUUAAAAAGCAACCAAAGAGCCACGCUGGUUGUC